CUGUACUCUUGUGCAUGUGUGUUUGCUCCGCUUAAACUUCGCAUUUUAAAAGCGCGAAUUUGUGGUUAAUAAUCCAAUAUAGAAGCGACUGUAGUAAAAACAAAGAAACUAUAUAACUAAACCUUAAAUGAACUGUGUGACUUAAAAAUACUUACUGUGUACUUAAAAAUAACUGUGACAGUCGCUGCUGUGUUUGUUGUUUGCUCACAUAUGUAAUUAUUAAGCUUAUUGAUAUUUAUAAAUAAUAUUAAAAGAGAAUUUCAUCAGAGAUGUCAGACAGUAAACGCCAGAGACUGCUGGAGUCAGGAAGGACUGAAGAAGAAGACCGACAGAAGCGAGCAUCUCAUUCAUGUUCAGAACAUCAACAGAGGAACAUCAGUCAGAACUCUCUGGAUCACUGGCUGCAGAAGCCCAACAGGAUCCAGAUGAACCCUCAUCCAGAACCAGAAGAACCUGAAGAGAUGCAGAGUUCACAGGAUCUGAAGUGUCCAGGAACCAUCACAACACUCACCGCAGCAGAUGAAGAGGAUAAACCGCUGGAUCCAGUGAUGAGUGAACCCGGUUCUGUUGUGAAGACAGAAACACUGCAGAAGAGAAGAACACACAAAAUCACUGACUUCUUCUCAAGAGCUUCAGAGAAGAGUGUGUGCAGUCGGGUAUCCGCUCCAGGAUUGGCUGAUGGGAGAGUGGUCAGCAGUGAUGUCACAUGGCUGGGUGUCGCUCUCAGUGACCUGAAGAGGACACCAGACUGCAGCGGCCCGUUACCGCCACUGAAACCCAACGACACCCACACAGUCAUGAUCAGCAGUGAUCAGUUGUGUCCGGGGAAAGUUCCAGUGCCGUUUCCAGAUAAAGUGUGUGACUGCUGGAGUGAUACGCACGUCAAGAUGCCCUGCUCACCGCACAACCUGUUUCCUGGAGACAGUACGACUGUUCAGAGUCGAUGGGAUUUAAUAAGUAAAGUCUUGACGAACACGUUUAACUCUUCUCAUGAUGUGAAGGAUGCCAUUUUGAAAUAUAACGCAGGUCAGGCGAAGAGGUGGGACUUCACAGCGCUGCAUUUAUACUGUAAGAGUCUGCAGGAGUCUGAAGCUGCACAGUUGUUUGGGUCCCUGAUUCCAGCGAUGGCACAGUUGGCAUUGAGAGUGCGCAGUGUCUGUACACAGCCGAUUCCAUUACUGAUGUCACAGCGAUGUCAUUCGAUCACGUUGUCUCAAGAGCAGGUGUCGUGUCUGCUGGCGAACGCGUUCUUCUGCACGUUUCCUCGACGCAACUCUCAGAAGACGGAGUUCAGCAACUAUCCUGAUAUCAACUUCAGCAGAUUGUUUGAAGGCUCAUCAAAGAGAAAACAAGAGAAACUCAAAACUCUUAUGUGUUAUUUCAAACGCAUCACACAUUACAGGCCGACUGGUCUGAUCACAUACACCCGACAGUGUGUGCGGUGUUUCCCCGCGUGGUCGAGUUCAGAGAAGUGUUUCAGAAAACUUCACAUCACGUGUGACGGAACGAUUGAAGAUCAGGGCUGCGGCGCACUGCAGGUGGACUUUGCUAACCGGUUUGUUGGAGGGGGAGUAACCGGUUCUGGUUUGGUUCAGGAAGAAAUCCGUUUUCUGAUAAACCCAGAACUGAUCGCUGCUCGACUGUUCACUGAAGCGCUCGAUGACAACGAAUGUCUCAUUAUCACAGGUUCAGAGCAGUUCAGCAGAUACUCUGGAUACUCUGAUACCUACAGAUGGGAUAGUAACCAUGACGACCAGACGCCCAGGGAUGAGUGGCAGCGCAGAUGCACCGAGAUCGUUGCCAUGGACGCGCUGCAUUACAGAAACUUCCUGCAACAGUUUCACCCAGAAAACAUGACACGAGAACUGAACAAGGCGUACUGUGCUUUUGCUCGUCCCGGAGUGAAGACGGAGAAUCUCUCUGCUGUUGCUACGGGUAACUGGGGCUGUGGAGCGUUUGGUGGCGACACCCGUUUAAAAGCUGUGUUACAGUUGAUGGCGGCAGCAGAAGCUCAUCGUGACUUGAUUUAUUUCACGUUUGGCGACAGAGAGCUGCUGAGGGAUGUUCACAAUAUACACACACUGAUCACACACAAACACGCAACUGUGGGUUCAGUGUUCAGUGUGUUGUUGCAGUAUUAUGAGUGUGUGUGUAAGGAAACGUCCGGAAGAAAACCUCAAGAAACACUUUACUGCUUCCUGUCUGAACAUCUCUGACCUCACCUGACCCAAAGGAAGAGAUCAGUGUUUCUCCAUCUGUCUCCACUUGUCUCAUUCUGAUCUCACUCUGUCUCUGUUCUUGUAUUUGUUUUUCUUCAUGAAUGAAUCAGCUGCAAAUUAAUCAUUUUAAAUGAAUCUUUGAGUGAAUCUUUGUUGUUUCACAUGUUGAGUUGAUGUGAUUUUCUGUUUAUAAGACAUUCAUUUUUGUGACUUCAUAAAUCUGUUAUUUAAAAGUU